AUGAAGGAAUGGGGACGAGAAAGAGCCUCUAGGAAACAAUUUUCGAGAGAAUUUAACGCUGCUGAGGGCAGAUGCACGACCGCCUCCCCGCCAAAACCCCUUUCCACCAGCAUUACUCCACUGGAUCUCGACACUACUAAAAAUGGGACUUUACAUUCUGAGGUGCCGAGGACUGGCUCCGCUUUGCAAGACUGGAACGGAAGACGGCCGCCGACUGAGAGCGGGUCUCGUGGAGGGGGGAAGCCUCCGAACCGGAGAAUGCCGAGCGCGUUCGGAUAA